GAGAACACGCGGAGCGCCAAUCAGAGCUGAGCCUCUCCAAACGACUCUGGGAUUUUAUCAUCAUUUAAACCAUAAUAAACUAUUUGAAUUAUUUAUUUAUUUAUUAUUAUUAUUUUUGCUCUCUGGUGAUAUGGCGCACCUCGGAUCAUCCUGACCGGCCCGUUCUGAUUUAUUAUUUUUCCUACAAUGCAGAAGAGAUGCUGUGUGAUGCGACCUGGCUAGGAGUUGCAGACCGGAUGUGGAUUGUUGCAUCGAGGAGAUAAACACAAAGCUCGUUCUGGAGGAUGCUGGCGUAGCGCAGAACACCCGGAACGAGCUGGAUCUGGUGGAUUUACUGGAUCAUAUCAACACCCUGCAGCGAGGAUUCGGGACGGUGGAGACGGACUCGAGCAGCUUAGAUUGUCUGGACCGGAACAAGAUGCUCCACUGUGCGGGCUGUGAGAAGCCAAUCAUUGACAGGUUCUUGUUGAAAGUUCUGGACAGACCGUGGCACAUCAAGUGCGUCCAGUGCUGCGAGUGCAAGUGUAGUCUGACAGAGAAGUGCUUCUCGCGAGAUGGGAGGCUGUACUGUAAGAAUGACUUUUUUAGGAGAUUUGGGACCAAGUGUGGAGGCUGCUCGCAGGGGAUUCUCCCCAGCGACUUGGUCCGCAGAGCCAAGAGCAAAGUGUUCCACCUGAACUGUUUCACCUGCAUGAUGUGCAACAAACAGCUGUCCACCGGAGAGGAGCUCUACAUCCUGGACGAGUUCAAGUUCGUCUGCAAGGAGGAUUAUCAGAACAAUAACGGCAAGGACACGAUCCUCCUGGCAGUGACGACGUGCAGCGAUCCGAGUCUGUCCCCGGACUCGCAGGACCCGCAGGACGACGGGAAGGACUCGGAGAGCGGACACCUGUCCGACAAGGACGCGUGCGGGAACGAGAACGACGAGCAGAGCGCCGUGGGGAAGCGCCGCGGGCCCCGGACCACCAUCAAAGCCAAGCAACUGGAGACGCUGAAGGCGGCUUUCGCGGCUACGCCGAAGCCCACCAGACACAUCCGGGAGCAGCUGUCCCGCGAGACCGGCCUCAACAUGAGAGUGAUCCAGGUCUGGUUCCAGAACCGGAGGUCCAAGGAGAGGCGCAUGAAACAGCUGAGCGCCCUGAGCGCGCGCAGACACGUGUUCUUCCGGAGCCCGAGGAGGAUGAGACCUCUGGGAGAGAGACUGGAACCAGGGGAGCUGGGACACUUCUCCUAUUAUGGAGAUUAUCCUGGUGAAUAUUACGGUCCGGCAGGAAAUUACGAGUACUUCCAAGGCCCGCCACCAUCGCAGGCUCAGACCCCAGCAGAUCUGGGCUUCAUGCCCUCCACGGUCCCAGCUGGUACCCCGUUAGGCUCGGUAGACCACCACCACCAGCACCAUCAUCACCCCGCGGGGCACCACUGUGCGCCCGAAGACGCGCAGUGCUUUCCGGACACGGUGUCUCACCAUCCCGCAGACUCACCCAGCCCGGAACCCAACGGACCGGGUUCGAUCCACAGCAUCAACAGUGAAAUGUGCGGCCCCGGUACGCCCUUCACCGGAGUGUCUCUCAGCGACACCGGAUACACCAACCAGCUGUCUCAGCCGUCCUCCGAGCUGAGCGAGGGCGCUGCCUGGUAACGCAAAGCACCAGAGACGUAUUUAUUUAUUUAUUUAUUUAUUUAUUUAUUUAUUUAUUUAUUUAUUUAUUUAUUUAUUUAUUUAUUUAUUUAUUUGUUUGUUUGUUUGUUUGAUAAAUACGUUUGAAUAUGUUCUCAUAGGGCCCCAUUGUCGAAGCAAUAAACACAUUUAUUUAUAGGCUGAAUGAAGUGUUUUGAAUUCGUUUAUUUAUUUGGUUAUUUACAUAAAUAUGUCUGCCAAACUCCACAGGUGAGCUGAAUGUCACUUUUGUUCCUGUUUGUUUGAGACGGAUAUGAUGCAGCAGCAUUUAAAACAGAAAUAAAGCCAAAUUUUAAAGAAACGGAAGCAGGAUUUUUCUCCAUCAUUAAAUCAGAACGAGGCAGCAGCUCUUCAGCUCACCUGGACCAACCCCUGUCCCCACCGGAAGUUCAAAAAUAUCUUUAUUUAAAACUAAAACAAACUUGCUUACAAAACAUUGUACAACCUCAUAAAAUGUAUCUUUAAAGGCAAACAUUUUUGGACUCAAGACGUUUUUAACGCACUUUCUUUUUGAUUGAUAAGUUUUAAUUUAUUUAUUGAAGUUUGACUUUAUUUAUAAUUAUUUUGCUGCACUGUCAAUGUAACCACUUUUCACACCCUCCUUUGAAUGUGCAUGGUUUUAUAAUGUUUUGUACUUGCUGACAAAUGGAGCUCUGUCCAUUUUCCUGUGCAAGAUGUUAACAUGUGAUAACGAUUUUUAACUGUGAUGAUACAUAGAUGAUACACUAUGUCUCUCAGGACUGUUGGAAGAAUAUUUCCUCCCUUUAUUAACACAUUUUCAGUCACAUUAUAGCUGAAGUCACAUAAUUUUAUAUUAGAAACACAUUUGGCCACAUGAGUCAAAGCAUUACUGUUGAAAAACUGAUCCAGUACUUUGUUUGGCUGUUCUGUUCAUGCGGCCACUAACUGUGAUGGUUUGUGUUAAAGUUUGAUAUAAAUAAAUGUUGCUAAAUUAAAAUACAACUCAAAUCCUGCACUUUUA